ACCAAAAAUUGAAAAAUAUCGUCGCGAACGCUUCGGACAAGCAGGUUCAAAGUAACAACAAUGGUCGUAAUCGAAAACGCUACUUCUCUGUAUCUUAUCGAGUCCAUUAUUAGAUAAACAAAUCGUGUUUUCACCUUCGUUACAGUGAUAGAUAGGUGGGUUAAAAUGAAUUGAACGAUCAGUUUAAAACGAGUUUAUUUUAAACAGCGUCUAGUGCAGUGCAGUUCCAUUCAAGCAACAUUAAAAUGGCGGAUGACAUCCAAGCCGAAUGGGAAGAACUGGCCGACGAAUAUAAAAAACUGGAAGAAACUCACCAGGUUUACCUUAAUAAACAGAAGGAAUUUCUUCAAAGUCAGUCGGUAUGUUUGGCACAAAUUAAGCAUCAACGGUACCGCCUCAAGUCCAUUCAAAAAAACUUCAAAAGCCUCAAAGGAAGCCAUGAUCUUAAAAACAUCGAGGAAGAGGCAGUUAAAAGAGAGGCCCAACUACAACUAAUCGAGGAAACAUUACCUAAAAGUGGAAGCAGAUAUUUAAGGGUAAUUUUAGGUAAUGUAGACGUAUCUUUUCUAAGUCAGGACGCCAAAUUCAAAUACAAAGACGACUAUGAAAAAUUCAAAUUGAUUUGCCAUGUCAUAGCCUUAGUAUCAUUAUUCUUAAUCAUGACUACUGGAUAUAAGAUUUUUGAGAUGCUUUAUUUCUUCUUUUUGGUAUGGUAUUAUUGUACUCUAACAAUAAGGGAGAGUAUAUUAAGAACUAACGGUUCCAAAAUAAAGAUGUGGUGGAGAAUCCAUCACGCACUGUCGACAGUGAGUUCUGGAAUAUUCCUGGUUUGGCCGGAAAAUGCUACUUGGCUUGAAUUCAAAGGACAGUUCUUCAGAUAUAAUAUUUACAACUGUUUCUUACAGUAUCUACUGUUUAACUAUCAAGAAGGCGCGUUAUACAGAUUGAGAGCCUUAGGGCAAAAGGACAACAUGGAGAUUACACUGGAAGGAUUCCAGUAUUGGAUGUGGAGGGGGCUAACUUUCCUUUUGCCUUUCUUGUUUAUAGCCUAUUUCUAUCAACUCUACAAUGCCUAUAUUUUGUAUAAGUUAUCCUUUCAUCCUGAAGCUACCUGGCAUGUUGCAGCUCUAGGAAUAUUAAUGUUGGUGUUUUUCACCGGAAAUUCGAUAACCACUCUUUUGGUAGUGCCAAAUAAAAUUAAAAACAAAAUGUUAGUGCGAUACAAAACUGCCUUAAGUAGACUGUACGGGAGGAUACCAAAAAAUAAUAGUGAUAGUAAAUUGAACAAGGACGAUUAAAUAAAGAAAAAAUAUUAAAAAGAUCUAAUAUUUUUAGUUUAAGUUUUUUUUUAAUUUUGAUAUGUUUAUUAGAAUAUUUAAUUUUAUAAUACUUAAGAUAUUCCAAAUAAAGAUUUCUGUGAUAU